UAAACAUUGUCUUAUCUCUUUCGCGGCCUUUGAGCAAUUCCAAAAUAUCAAAUUUCUCUACCCAUUGCCCAAAUGCCUGCUUUUUCUAUACUUCUGCCGCCAUAUCUCUGUCACCUCAACAAUCAAAACCUAUCAGACCAGUAUCUUCAUUGCCGCUAAUGGCUUCUAGACCUAUCUACCCUCUUACGGUUCCACGAUUUCCACAUGCAUCGUUUAAAAGACCUUUCCUUUAUUCGUCUCUAGGUUCAUGCCCCUCUGCUUCUAGGCUCCAGUUGAUCGAUUAUGCUGGAAGUAAGCUCUUCGUUGGUGGGAGGUUUUUGGCUCUCUUUCCUAAGGCUACUGUCGAUCAGUCAGGUCAGGUCCAAGAAGAUGAAUUAGAUGACAGUAAGAUCUUACCCUAUUGCAGCAUCAAUAGGAAGGAGAAGAAGUCUCUGGGCGAGAUGGAACAAGAAUUUCUUCAAGCAUUACAAGCAUUCUAUUAUGAAGGGAAGGCAAUCAUGUCAAAUGAAGAAUUUGAUAACCUGAAGGAAGAGUUAAUGUGGGAAGGAAGCAGUGUUGUCAUGCUAAGUGCUGAUGAACAGAGAUUUUUGGAAGCUUCUAUGGCAUAUAUUGCUGGGAAACCAAUUGUGUCAGAUGAGGUGUUUGACAAACUAAAGAUGAAACUUAAGAUGGAUGGUAGUGCUAUUGUGGUUGAGGGUCCACGUUGCAGUCUUCGCAGUAAGAAGGUUUACAGUGACCUUUCAGUUGAUUAUCUGAAAAUGUUCUUACUUAAUGUCCCUGCUGCUGUUGUGGCCCUUGGAUUGUUUUUCUUCCUUGAUGACUUGACUGGAUUUGAAAUCACUUACCUUUUGGAGCUUCCAGAACCUUUUGGAUUUAUCUUUACAUGGUUUGCAGCUUUGCCUUUAAUUCUGUGGCUGUCAUUCUCAAUCACAGGAUUCAUUGUUAAAGAUUUCCUUAUAUUGAAGGGUCCCUGUCCAAACUGUGGUACAGAAAACACUUCAUUUUUUGGUACUAUACUGUCUGUAUCUAGUGGUGGUUCCAGCAACAAUGUGAAGUGCUCCAAUUGCGGAACAGAUAUGCUAUUUGAUUCACGUACACGCCUGAUUACACUCCCUGAAGGAAGUGCUGCAUAAAUAGAUAUUUUCACAAGGGAUAAGACAAACGCCAGUGGCGCAACAGACAAUUUUAUGUAGUUGGAUCGAUGUAUGUGAUAUUAGAUACUCUUAUAUGGUUUUUAUGUAUAUUUUUCGAUCAUGUCUCAUUAGUUAGCUCAGAUUUCUCCAUACAGUCUCAUGCUUUAGUUUUAAGCAAGUCCAACCUUCAUUGUGUUUUCUGUAUUCAACCUUGAAGUAAAUAUCAUAUUUAAAUGUGGACAGGGUUCCACACUGGAAAGAGUCAGUGUUUUUCCAAGGGACUUGAUCAAUAUUGGCUCCUGUGAACCACAACCAAUAUCCGGCUAUAUAAUAGGCUGGUUGCAGUCCUUAAUUGCUAUUCUUUUGUUGUUUUGUUUCUUUGAUUGCAAGUCGGUCGGAACCUAAAUUUGUAUCUGGUGGGUUAAUGUUGCAAAUGUUGGUUUGAUAGGAAGGAUAACUUCACAAGUCCUUCCAUAGUAUGUCCAUAAUAAAUUUAAUAAUGCAUUAAUGCAGUAAUGGUAGGGACUAGGGAAAGGGAUUUAAUCUUUAAACAGAGAAUUUAGAAAGGAAAAUUGAUUCGUGACUUCGUGUGUUCAAUCAUGAUUGUGCUUUCUAUAGAAUCUAGGGAUAUUUACAGAGUUUAGAAUAACCGUUAAUAAAAAGAAAAGAAAUUAUAUUAAAUGGGACUAAAACAUGGUUAAAACUCCAAAAUAGGACUUCAAGUUUUAAAUUUCCUAAAUGGGACUCCACAUUACCUUUUUGCCCCUAAUCCCUAAAUCACAUUUUCCCCAAAUAGCUCUCUGCACUUGUCGGUGCAUUCUCGCAGGUCUUCUAUUUUCUUCUUCUACAGGUCUUCUAUUUUCUUCGCCAUCGACUGGAAUUUAGCAGCUGUGCACAUCUUUUCCUCCUGUGGACUGCAUCUCCGCCAUCCGCUAUGGCGUCGCACCGUAGCUCCGCCAUCGACCAUAGGUAUCCUCCUCCCCCUCCUUUCUUCUUCUUCCACCUCUUCUUCUUCUUCUUCUUCUUCUUUUCUUCUAAUCCUCUUCAAAUUUUUGGUCCUCUGUUCUCUUCUUUAAUUUUUUUGGAUUUGAAUUUUAUUUAUUAAUUUGGACUUUUUGAAUUUGAAUUUAUUUAUUCAGUAAAAUGUCACUUUUAUAAUCCGAGAAUGUCAAAAUAUUGGUUAUUUGGAAAAAAUGUCACGUUUGUGACAGUUUAUUUACUAGGAUGACAAUAUGAAAAUGUCACUUUUUAUUUGAAAAUGUCAUGAAAGUGACAUUAUUACUCUGGAAAUGUCAUUUUCUUCUUUGAAAUUGUCACCUUAGCAAAUGUAAUGUCAUGAAAGUGACAUUAUUACAAAUCAGUGUUCAAUUAAAGAUCAACUAUGUCAUUUUUCAGAUUGAAGUGAUUAGAACAAUAAUAUGAAUCUUUUAAAAAUAAAUUACUCAUGAUUAUAAAAACUUGGAAAUCCAAAAGAAGAAGAAAAUAGAAGACUUGUAGAAGGAGAAAACAAGGGAGCUUGAGAAGAAAUUAAGAGAUGAGUACAAGAAAAAGAUCGGAAGAAACUUACCUGGGGAGCCGUUCAUCCGUGCAUCGCAACUCGCAAACGACCUUCAUCGCACCCAGUGAAUUGUUGCAGCAGGAACUAAGAAAGGGCAAUUUUGUCCGAUCGGUAAUUAAAAGUCCUAUUUAGGUAAUAAAAAACUUAAUGUCCCACUUUGGAGUUUUAACCAAGUUUUAGUCCCAUUUGGGAAAUUCUCUCUAAAAAGAAUGAUCGAAAGUGGAAAUUCUCAUAGUUGAAUUUAAUGGUCCAGGAAUAAAAGUAGUAAAAACUUCAGUCCAAAAGCACAAGGACUCCUUCCAUGGAAGGGUCGGAGCGCUUGAUAGUAGGGAUGGACUCGGGUCCGGGCCGGGGCCUAGGCCCGGGCGGGCCGGCGGAUCAGAAAUGGUGGACCCGGGACCGGUCCGGGUAACCACCGGGUCCGGGCCAGGCCGGGCCGGGCCCAUUAUAUUUUUUUUUGUUUUCCUCUUCCUAAUUAAUCCCCCUCCCACCCCCAACCCCUCAAACCACUCCAAAUGGCCCAAAAUACCCAGCCCAACCCGAAAAUUUAAAAAAAAUUGAAAAAAAAAAUAGUUUUUGGCCCGAACCGGCCUCGGGCCCGGCUGGGUCGGGCCUUGUUUUGGGUGACCCGAGCCCGGACCGGAAAACCCACGGACCGGGCCUACCCGGACCGGUCACUGACCGAGCCACCGGGUCGGGCCGAGGCGGAACAGUACCGAUCCCGGGCCGGUUCCGGGUCGGGCCACUCGGCCCGAGUCCAUCCCUACUUGAUAGACAUGUGCACAGUGCACCCCAAGUGUUGACCGGAGUGGGCAUUGUCCUAAACAAAAGAUUUCGCAUAAAUGGCUAAUGUUAUCUAGGGAUGGACUGGUAUUGGUCAGACCGGCCUAAUACCCGGCCCGGACCGCCAUUGUGCGGUACUGGCCUGGCCUGGUUCACCGGGACCGGGACCAGGCCUUGGGCCUAAACCGGGGGGGUGGUGUUUGGGGUAGGUCACAGACUGUAGCCCUUUUGGAACUUGCCCGGCCGCUUCGGGAUCGGUCCAGGACCGGUCCGGGCCCAAAAUGAUUUUUUCCCGAAUGGAUUGGGUGGUUUGGGAGUGUUUGGGGAUGGAGGGGGGGGGGAUAAAUUAGAAAAACAAAAUUUAAAAAAUAUAGGGAAAAUCACAUAUAUGUUCCCUCAGUUAUUCACGAAAUUAAAAUCUCAGAUCUGUAUUUUUGAGAUUGUAAAUGUCAUCUCUCAAUUUUCCAAAUUGUUAUAAAUGUGGUUCUUUAAGUGGUGAAAUGUACUUUCACCCACAUUGUAUGUUUCACCCCUCAAAAGAACCACAUUUAUAACAUUUUGGAUAAUUGAGGGGUGACAUUUAUAAUUUCAGAAAUACAGGUCUGAAAUUUUAAUUUCAUGGAUGACUGAGGGACUAGUGGUGGACUCGGGUCGGGCCACACGGCCUGUGGACCAGCCCGGCCCGCUACUGUGCGGGACCAGGAUCGGCCGGUUCUCGGAUCCGGGUACGGGUCGGGCCUAGGCCCGGGGGAUAGGGCGGGUCCGGGCUCGGGUCUCACAUUUGGCGAACCGGCCUGGCCGGGUCGGGCCCGGGUCCGGGUCAAAUUGCUUUUUUUUUUUAAUUUUUGAGGUUCCACCCGGGUUGGGCUUGAUGGUUAGGAGGGGUUUGGGAGGGUGGGGGGGUGACGGGGGGGGGGGGGGGGGUAGGGAAGCAAAAAAAAAAUAAUAACACCCAAACCGGAGGCCCGGCCCGGAACCGGUGGCUACCCGGGCCAGUCCCGGGUCCACCAAUCCUGAACCGCCAGCCCACCCGGGCCUAGGACCCACUCGGACCCGGCCCCGGCCCGGCCCGAAUCCACCCCUAUGAGGGACUAUAUAUGCGAUUUUCCUACAUAUAUGUAUAUACACACACACACAUAUAUAUACAUAUAUAUAUAUACAUAUACAUAUACACACACACACAUAUAUAUAUAUAUACAUAUACAUAUGUAUAUAUAUAGGGUGCGGUUCUAGUGAGAACGGUGCUUAAUGUGAGAACGUGAGAACGGUCACAUUUAAAUCAACGUUGUGCACAAUGGAGCUAUUCUAUUGCACAUUUUCAAUUUGUUCGAAUUAAGCCUAUAUUAAAUAAUACGGUGGCAUUUUGGUAAAUAUUGUGAAAAUAUGAAAAUGUGCAAUAUACAAGCUUCGUUGUGCAACACGUUGGGGUAAAUGUGGUGUUCUCACGUUCUCACGUUAAGCAUUGUUCUCAUUUGAUCUUUAUUCUAUAUAUAUCUAUAUAUAUCUAUAUAUAUAUAUCUAUCUAUCUAUAUAUAUAUAUAUAUAUAUAUAUAUAUAGGGAGCGGUUCCGGUAAGAACGGACUCCCAGGAGAGAAAUAAAAAUGAAUCUGGACCGUUGGAUUGUAUUAUGUGGAAUAGAAAUGUGCAUUUGAUGAAACUGAAAUGUGUAUUACAUGAUACUGAAAUGUGCAGAAUAAAAAUUUAAAUUCAAUUGUGCAUUAGGUGAAACUGAAAUGUGCGGAAUAAAAUGUACAAAAAUAACAUCACAUCGUACCUUUUAUUCUGCACAUUUCAGUUUCACCUAGUGCACGUUUCAAUUUCACCUAAUGCACAAUUCAGCUUCACUUAAUGACAUUAUAUCAUACGCUUUGUGUUGCACAUUUCAAUUUCACGUAAUGCACAUUACAGUUUCAUCUAAUGCACAUUGAAUUUCACCUAAAGCAAAUCAAACGGUCAAGAUUCGUUCUCAUUUCUCUCCUAAGAUCAUGUUCUUAUUUGAAC